CUCCGACAUCUCACCACACUGGGCAGCGGAAACAAACGCGUGCGAGCGGCGCGCAACGCAACGCCGCCCUGCACGCAUCGCGCAUAGAUCGCAUUCAUCCGAGCGCACGUGCUUGCGCACGGCAAACGACGCAUUCAUAGAGGAGGCUGCCCCAUGGCACGCCUCCUAUGCGGGCUAGCAGCGAUCGCGGCCGCCCAGGACUGCGUGCGAAGCUCCUAUGAGUACCUUGACGUAGCAAUCGACGUCAAUGCGGAACUGGCACCGCAGAUCGAGGCCAAGUGCAACACGACGAGCUGCGGCUUCCGGCAAGUUUUAACCGAGGACUGGUCGCAGCUCCGCGUGUCCCAUCGACACCCGCGCUUGGUCCAGCAGAACGACUCGGCGCCGGUCUGGCCCGUGCUCAUGGCUCCCGAAUUGCCCGCGUCCUUAGCCGCGGCCGAUCUGUGCGAGAAACGUAAUUUGAAUGGGUUUGAAUGUCGAAGUUUAAAACAGAUCGCCCGCGAGAACCGGCCCGAUGAAUGGUGCGUCCACGACCCGUCGAAGGCCGAGAGCGUCCCGGCGCAAGGGCGUUUACUCAAGAGUUUUGAUUUCGACGAGAGAGGUAAUGAUAUUCCUCUGACGCCGUCGCUAUGUGGUCCCAAUGGACCUUCACAAAACUCGGCCUACUGCGAGGGCGCCUACCUGUUUGUCGACGAGCCGAGGGACGGCGCGACGUACCAACCGACGCUGCAGCGAGGCACAUUUUCUCCCUCAUUACGAAUACGGAACGCCGACGGGUCGUCGAGGGACUUCAUGGACGUGUUGCGGGACGAUCUCGACUUGAACGCCACCAUCGCUACUUCGGUUGAUUUGUACACUUGGUCAAUAUCUAGGUAUCCGCGAGACGCGGAUUCGCUACCGGUCUUCGGGUAUUUGAGGAUGGCCGUCGGGACCCAUUCGUUGUUUGUCGUGAUUCUGGACGGGAGCGGCCGGCCGUUGGCGGAACCGAUAAGGGCGACCUUCCGGUGCGAGCUGCAAGGGAAUGAGGGCAAGGCGGCGAGCGACGCCUUCCCAUCUCAUGAAGAUGGCAACGCGGCGAAGACCUGGUACCUCCAGCGGCCCUGGCAGUUACCCGGAAGGGCGGAAGUGUUGCGGCGGAACGGCUAUCAUGAAGAAGCUAGGGCGUCGGAGGCGCUGUUUCUCGCGCUCGCGGAGUGGACGGGACAGAGCGAGCUCCAGCCCUUCCGGGACUUCUCCUCCGAGAUGCCUUCUGGGAACAGGUACGUGAGCUUCCGGAGCCCGCCGAACGGCCUGUCGAACCAGAGACGGGACAUCGCCACCAUGGUCCUCAUUGCGAACGUUCUCCGGAGAAAGUUCGUGCUGCCCUUCCUCUUCACGUAUGGCGAGGACGGCUCGAAGAUGCGCUUUUUGGAUUUCGGGGAGAUCUAUGAUGAAGACUACUUUAUUGCGACGCUGUCUUCGUUGGGCGUGAGUGCGGAGCCUGAGAUCAUCACAAGAAAUCGGUCCAUCGCCGCGCAUAAACGAAAUGAGAUCGCGGAGAGGGAUUGUAGUCCGGACCCCGACGUGGGCGAAGAUUUUUACAAAGAGCGGAUGGGUGCUGUGACAGAUGAAUUCCUUCAUGUCGUCUGGCCGGCGGGGACCUACUCGCAGACGACCAUGCUGAAUCUCUUCGAUGAGCCAAUCCGACUGCCAAAAAUCCGGGACGCCUUCCGCUGGUCCGCGAAGAUUUCGGUGAGGGCGUCGGAGUUGGCUUCAGAGGCUAGAAGAUUACACGGCCCGCGGCUCGGCUGCUUGCACCUGCGGGUCGAGAACGACUGGAAGUCGCACGCCAUAUCCCUGGGGAAGGCGACGCAGGUGCCCCACGACAAUCUGUACUGGGUGGACGGGGAUGAGGCGGUCAGAAGAGUGGCGGCCCAUCCUGCCUUCGCCAACGUCGAUGUCGUGUUUCUCGCGGUGGGCAACGACACCGAUACGCCACCGCCUUCUUCAUUAAAUGGUGCGCCCCUGCUCAACCGAAAGAACCUCACUUCUUUAUCAGUACUGAGCGACGCCUGGGACCCGGAGGCCGACCACUUACUCGCUCGCGCGGCGUUAGAUAUGGCGGUCUGCGAGCAAGCGGACGUGGUGGCGGGCAACACGUGGUCCUCGUUCUUCCAGGAGCUGUCGGCGUUCUAUCACGCGCGGGGCAAGCCAGCUGUUGCGUACAACGCGCCUGGCAGGCGAGCGGCGCUCGUGACGGAUGGGGGAGUCCUGGGCUCGCCCUUCGACGCCACGCGGAAGCCGUUAUCGUCGUCCAACGAACAGGCCCUCUUCCACGUGCCCGUGGAUCUGUGCUCUGCCGACAACUGCGGGCGCUGGACGAUGAGCGUCUACGGCGCGCAGUCCGCCGAGGAGAGCGUGGAGGCGUUCCUCGCGGAGAUUGAUGAUGCUGAUGUGCGGGACGCCGUCGACGACGCGUUUGUCUUGCAGCGUCCCGUUCACCUUCGAGUUGUCACGCCGUCGACGCAGGUCCAAAGCGCAUCUGAUACAACACGUGCAGGGGGAGCGCGACCGGCGCACGGAGCGGCUCGAGGCCCACGCCGCGUGGGCGUCCUCGAAACCGACGGACGCGCUCGACGCGUUGAGGAGAGCCGUCGACGCCGUGGACGGUCCGCAGCGAGCCGCACUGGAAGAGGCGUUCGAUGGCGUGAAGGACGCGUUGAAUGCGGCAAAGCGCCGGGCCGACGGCGUGCGCGACGCCACGACGCGGGCAUCCGCGGCCGGCUACGACGCGGAACGAGGAGAUCUACCGGCGUCGCGGCGCGACGCGUGUUUUGAUCACCCGAUACUACAAGCGCACCACGGCGGGCCCGCUUCCAAUUUAGCGGUCGCGCAGCACUCGCCGGACCCCGCCGCGCGGGCGACGCCACUGCUCCGGAUCAUCCCGCACCGACACGAGCUGCCUUCGCUAUUGCGAGAUCUCGGCUUAGAUAGAGUGGGAGCCGAGCUCGGGGUCUGGAAAGGUUCCUACUCGCGGCGCCUGCUGAGCGAGCUCCCCGACCUCACGCUCCACCUGGUCGACUCGUGGGAGCCGGUCGACAUCUAUCAAUCCGUGGAGAAGCAGGACGAUGCGUAUGCGGAAACUUUACAGGCGGUUGCACCAUAUAAGGCGAGGACGCGCGUCCACCGGAACUGGACGAGCGACGCGGCCAAGAGCUUCGAGGACCAGAGCUUGGACUUCGUGUACGUCGACGCCUCGCACGACUACCGCAACUGCCGCGCGGACCUCAUCGACUGGUGGCCGAAGGUGAAAGUGGGCGGCCUUUUCGCGGGCAACGACUACUACACGGGCCACGUCGCGGCCGCGGGCGUGACCUUCGGCGUGAAAGAUGCCGUCGACGAGUUCGCCGCGGUGCGCAAUUUGAGAGUGUACGUGACGGCGGGGAACGACCCGGACGGGUGUUGUCCCGACUGGUAUGUGUUGAAGUGUGGGGAGUGAUAUCUCCUGGGGGCGUAAUUACUGUGUUUCGAGCGGG